AUGGGAACCAGUGAAGAGUAUGGGUUAUUGGGAGAAUGGGGUGUGGCGGUGGUCAUUUCGAUGGAGGAGGAGGUUGCAAGGAAGGGAGGUGGGAUGGGACAAAACUUAGGUGAAACGAAUCCUGUGUUCUCAUGGAUUUGGACAGCACCAGCACCUUCCAACAUAAAGGCAUUUGCAUGGAGAGUAAUGUUAGGCCGCAUUCAGACUCGGGAUAAUUUGCUGAAGAGACAAGUCAUUCAUACUGCCGCUGAAGCUCUUUGCCCGUUAUGUGGCCGGGUGGAGGAAUCUUGUUCCCAUUUGCUCUUUACGUGCCCCGCUGCCUUGCUGAUAUGGUAUGACGUUUAUGCCUGGUUGGGUGUGUCCACAGCUCAGAUUCCAGUUGGUGAGGUACACUUACUGCAAUUUGCCUCAAUUGGGAGUAAUAAAUCUCAAAAAUUAGGUGAAGUUGCAAUAUGGCUGACUGUAGUUUGGUCAUUAUGGUGUGUGCGUAAUAGAAUUGUUUUCAGUGGGGGUGAGCUACUUAAAGACCAAAUCCUGGAGCAGGUUCAGCUUAAAUCGUGGCAAUGGUUAACAGCUCGGCGGGUUGAAUUUUCCUACUCUUGGUUUGAAUGGAAAUCGAACCCACGAUUGUGCCUUCUGUCAUUGUGA